AUGCCGCCGCGAAUAAAUAUUCCGCCCGUUACACGUAUUCUCCUCAUUGCGCUUCUCGGCCAGUCCAUCCUCAGCGCCGCGAUCCGGUAUCGCCAAUGGACAGCCGACGCCAACAUCGUCAUUCCCUACUUGACACUGGUCCCGCAGCUGUCCAUUAUCUAUCCCUGGACGUUUAUAACCUCGACGUUUGUUGAGAGCAAUGUGUUUACGCUUGGUAUCGCUGCUGUUACGCUGUUCCAUGGAGGAAGAUAUCUCGAGAGAGCUUGGUCGUCGGCCGAGUUGGCAAAGUUCCUAGCUGUCGUCUCGCUGGUCCCCAACUUCCUGACUCUCUGCGUUAUGGUGCUCUGCUUUACUCUUUCGCGCAACGAGAGCUGGACCUUGACCGUUAUCGCAGGAACUAUCCCUGUGCAAAUCGCUUUCCUUGUCGCCUUCAGUCAACUCGUCCCAGCACACACCGUUACGCUCUUCCGCGGCGUCAUAUCUCUCCGAGUCCCUCGAUUCCCGCUUCUGUACAUCGGUCUGGUCUUCCUUUUGUCUCUGACCCCUAUCCUCAACAGGGCUGCUCUGUGGCUUGCCAUCUUUGGAUUCCUUACCAGCUGGACCUACCUCCGAUUCUACAAGACCGUGUUCCCAGACCUUGACUCUUCCCAAGAUGCAUCGCUCCGCGGUGAUGCGAGCGAGACUUUCGCAUUCGCCGAGUUCUUCCCCGGUCCCGUGAAGCCAUUCGUCACUGCUGUCGCUGAUCAGAUCUUCCUGGUAUUGGUGGCUAUGCGAUUAUGCACACCGUUUGCGCAAGCGGAGGCUUCUCGAAACGAUACCCGGAUUCAACGUAAUGCUCCUGGAGGUGCUCGCGCCGAGGCUGAGAGAAGGAGAGCUAUUGCGCUCAGAGCGUUGGACCAGAGGCUGCAUGCUGCGACAAGUAACCCAGCUGCGCAAAAGUCUUCUCAGCCUCCUAGCCGGCCGACUGGCCCGACAGUACAGAGCCAGCCUCAGCCAGCUACACAGACUGCUAUGACAUCGCAGCCUGGCCCCCUGCUCGGCGAGACCAAGUUCGAGCCCGAUCAUGACGAUGCGAAGAGCUAA